AUGCUUCAUACAGCACGCGAAGCUUCAAUGAAAAAUCAUUCUCGCUACUGUCGGUAUUUUCUUUUAAUAUUGAUGAUAUUAAAUAAAAAUCUCGUUACAUCGGAAUCGAAUACUGAAUGUCGAUUUGAUGAACAAGAUGAUAAUAUCUUUUGGAUUGGUGAAACAAUUACCGGUUUUGUUGAUUUUGUUAACAAAGAUAAUACAGAUUUAAAAUUAGCACGUAUUGAUGGUGAAUUAAUUGGUGAAGUUGUUGCUCUAGUGAGAGUAGAAACCGAAUCCGAUGAGGUGGAAAAGGAAGAGGAAGUAAAAGAAAUAAUAUUCAAUCAAAAAAUUCUCUUUCAUCCACGUGAUACAAAAGGUUCGUUUUCUGUACGACGUGGUAAACAAAGUUGGCCAUUUCGUUUUCAACUUACUGAAGAUUUACCACCAUCGUUUGAACAAAAGAAAAUUGACAUAGUCAAAAUUCAUU